AUGCGGCCGAGCAUUCUGCUGGUGCUCUUUGAUGAUUUACGCACCAUGAACUCGUCGGCACUUCCGCUACAGAUGCCUCGGCUCGACGCCAUCGCGCGGGAGGGUACGACGUAUACUUUAGCCGUAGCAAAUUACCCGGUCUGCGCGCCCUCGCGGACGAUGCUGCUGACGGGCCGGCUCCUACCACACUGGUACGAAGCGCGGACGGUAGAAGCGCUCUCCGGUAAAACGCUGCCGCACUAUUUUCGUGAAAGCGGCUACUCUACCUAUUCAGCAGGGAAAGUGUUCGACGGUUUACUUGGGGGCUCCUGGACCGCCGCGCUGCCCUUUGAUGAAAGACGCACGAAGUGUCGUGAUGCAAGGUCCGAGAGACGGAACGAGCCCGUCUGUGCACCUGUUGUUGGCACAGUAGACGAGCAUUCGUCCAAGUGGCUCUCCCAGAGAUUACGCUCCCAUAAGACGGGCCCGUUCCUUGCCGCGCUUGGGUUAAGACGGCCGCAUACGCCCUGGGAGUACGCUCAACGUCAUUACGAGGAGAAGCCGCUACCACCCUCUCCAAAUUUCCCGCACGACGCGCCUCGUGUCUCGUGGAGUGACAAUUUUGGCCGCGUGGCGAAGCGGCGCGGCAAUAAGGGAAAGUGCCCUACACCUCAUACGGUGCUUGCGCCGCGCCUCGCCCGCCGGUUCCGCGCGGCCUACGCGGCAGCUUGCACGACCGCCGAUGCGUAUCUGGGCCGCGUCCUCGACGCGGCCGAACGACCGAAUCUCAUCGUGGCCGUGACGGCGGACCACGGCAUGCACCUAGGAGACCACGGCAUCUGGUCGAAGCAGACGCUGUUCGACUACUCGCUGCGCGUGCCGCUCAUCCUCAAAGGCCCGGGCGUGCCCCGACGCACUGUGGUGGAAACGCCCGUCGAGACGGCGCGGCUCUUCGCCACGUUAACGGCGCUGGCCGGUCUUAAGACGCCACCAGGCAUUGAGCCACAACUGCCGCCGUUCGGCCCGCACCAACCCGCGCGGUCCGUCUACACGCGCUUGUGUCGGGACUUCGAGUCGGACCGCUACGCGACCUGCCGUCACGACCGGAACGCCUGGCCGCGCGUCGUCGAGUGCGCUGCCUCGGAACGGGUCUGGGGCCGGACACUGCGAACACGAAGACACCGAUACACGGAGUAUACGACGUCCGACGGCCGUUUUGUGAGUGCCCAGCUCUACGCCUACGCGGGCUCGGAUCUGGAUGCGGCGGCGUCUGGGGAGCGGCGGAACCUCGCGGUCGGGGCGGAUCUCGCGGUGUGGCGCGCGCGGCUCCGGCGCGCGUUCAACGCGUCGUCCGACGCGCGGCGCCGACUCGCGGCGCGACCGGCCGCUUGCGACAAAGGACGGGAAGGGCCGCUGCUCAUCUCCGUGCUCUUCUUCGAGCGCCAGAGCUACGUCGACGGCGCGCUGCGCAACCUGCUCGCCUUCACCCGCCCGACGACGAGCAUCGUCGUCCACCUCGCCGCCGACUCGGACGCCCGACUCCGGAACGCGAGCCGGAUCGUCGUCAACCCCGAGCGCGCGGCCAUGUGCAGCGGCUGCGGCAUGGUGACGCGGCAGCACGCGUCAAAUAUCCGCUUCGCCGCGGCGAUCGGCGUCGCGUUCGAUCAUGUUAUGCUCCUCGCGAGCUCGAGCCGUUUGUUUGUCGGUGGCGGCGUCCUUGAAAUGUAUGUGGCGACGCACCACUUCUCGGCAAUCGCUGAACGGGCGAAGAGCGUGCGUGAGUUGAGGAAACAUCAAGAGUUCGCGGGCUGGGCGGGCGCCUGGUGGUCCUCUAUCUCCAACGGGUCUCAAAGACAUCUGAGUUUUGCGCAGCACGAGGGGAGCUUUUAUCCGAGGGCCGCUGCAUUGGAAUUUGCGGACUGGGUCCUCCAAGACGGCGUCCUGGGGGACGUAUCCAAAGCCGCCGCCAUCAGGGUCAUACCACAUAAAGGCCAGGCGGUCGAGGAGCUUUUGUGGCCGACGUUCGUCACAAAUCGCGACCUCGGCUACGUUGAGAAGUGCGCCGGUCGUGUAUACGAGGCGCACGGCCGCCAAAACUACGGGCCCCCGGCGACGACCGACGCCGCGCUCUUCGCGCGCAUUAUUCAACUGCGCCUCGGCCGCGACGUCGAUCGAUGUCCUACUCCUAUCGCGUUCAAGAAGUGGAACUGCGGCGAGUGCAUGCUUCAUCGUGCGGACCCCGGUCUUCAUCGAACGCAGCGCACGCGCCCGGCGGCCAAGGCGGCCAGGCUCGCGCUCCUCGGAUCUGUAGAUCCCCUCAGAUCCGUCGAUCCCCUGGCGCGCUGCCCCAGGGCGUGCCCCGCGGCGACGGCGCUGCUCAACUGCCUCGCCGCGCUCGACGCGUCGCUCGCGGACGCGAGCGCGGCGCGCCGUGAUGUUGAGGGUCGGCGGGGUCUCGCCGACUGCGCGCGGCGCGCGGGCGCGGGGAUGAACCACGGCGCGGCGCUCGCGCAGACGCCGCUCGUCGCGUGCGGCGGCGACGAUCCGCCGCCGAUGGAACGCCCGCUCGCCGUUCACGAGCCGCCCAAACGCGUUCAUGAUGGUGGCACGUCAGUAGACAGACAAGAAGCUCGCCGUCGCAAAAAGCCUCGGCCGACAAGCGCGAGACCAUCGCCGACCGCGCCAUCCGCCGUCCGGCCCGCGGCCGGCGCAGCCUGUGGUGAUGUCAUAACCUUGUAUGUUUCGAUACAUGAAUAA